AACAUCAUCAUCUGGGGGUGGCUGUCUAUAAAAAAAUUCAGUGAUCAUUCGCUCCUCACCAAGUGGGUUAGUCACGGAUUUCCCUCCACAACUUGUGCUUCAUUUAAGCCUCCCCUCCUCAGGAAGCAAACAGCUAGCGGCUGAGAUUGACCACUAUGUGUUACGGAAAGUGUGCCAAGUGCCUGGGCAUCACACUCAUUCCUCUGGCUCUUCUUGGUAUUAUCUUAAACACUCUGCUCUUUUUCCCAAAUGGAGAAACGGGAUACAAUACGCCUGAGAGACUGGCCGGCACUGUGUGGUGUUUUAGUGGGAUUCUAGGAUCUGGAUUACUGAUGGUGUUCCCGAUCCUCGUCUUCAUGGGUAUGGAGAAAAACGACUGCUGUGGUUGCUGUGGAAACGAGAGCUGCGGGAAACGGUUUGCGAAUUUCUCCUCUGUAAUCUUUGCUGGGAUAGGUGUGGCAGGAGCAGCAUACAGUUUCAUCGUUUCUGCAGUGGGCCUCAACCAAGGUCCAAAAUGUGCCACAAACAGCAGCAGCAAUUACACCUAUAUCUUUACUAACGGCGACUACCUGGGAAAUUACACCAUGUGGGAUGCCUGCAGUGAGCCACCCAAAAUUGUCACUUGGCACGUCACCUUGUUCUCUCUCCUGUUGGUGCUAAGUGCGGUUCAGCUCAUUCUUUGUGCCAUCCAAGCUGUCAAUGGGCUGAUUGGGUUCCUCUGCGGGGAGUGCAGCUGCUGCGGUUCAGCCUAACAAAGCUACGAUGAGAAACUAACUGCCAGACACCUACACACAAUGACCAAUAAUCGGGGCUCAAUGGACACAGGAAAUUUUCCUUUGACUCUCUUCACUACAAGGACAUGCAAUCCUUCCGAAUCAAAACCCACAUGGAAUUCAUUUUCCUCCCUGGAAUUAACGGCUGAGGUCAGAAUGGAGAAGGAAGCCUACAUUGAAUCUGUACGAUGUUCCUCGGCUACUAAUUUUAAGAGAAAACUUAAGCUGUUUGAACUAUUUUUAAAGUAAUGGAAUUUUCUGUAGUGUAGUGCUAGCACAUGUUUCUGGAACAGAUAUCGAUAUCACUUCAACUCGAGGGGACGUUGCCUGCAAAAAUGUACAUAAAAUGCAGGUUAAAAAUAUACACAGUGCAUUUAUUUCUUCCACAAGUUUGCUCCCUUAAAAAUAAGGCUCUGGGGGUAAAUAUUCAGCUCACCAAGACUGCAGAGCCGCAUUUAUGGAUUGUCCACCCCUACAGAAAGUUCACAUUUUAUCUAUUUCCAUUAAUGUAAUUGGAUAGAAUAUUAGGUGGCUUGUAAAGAAAGCAGCCUGGCCUGACACACAUUGCCAGCUUAAUACAAGGCAAAUGAAUUGGAAAACUCACCACCACCAGCAAACCCCCCCAGCCAAUACAAUUACUUAUUUACAAAUGUCAACUCUCACUUGCACAUUUGGAGUUAUCUUAAAAAUGACUGUAAGGAUGACUUGCAAUGGAUUUGUUUCUUGAGUAGUUUAGAACUGAUUGCUGGGGAGGAGUCAUCUUACAGAGUAUUGAGCAUUCCACAAUGGGCUGUACUUUGGGGUGGCAUGGUGGCUCAGUGAUCAGCACUGGUGCCCCAUGGUGCCAGUGGCCUGGGUUCAAUUCCACCUUCAGGCAACUGCCUGUGUGGAGUUUGUACAUUCUCCCUGUGCCUGCGUGGGUUUCCUUGUUUCUUCCAACAGUCCAAAGAUUUUACAGGUUAAGUGGAUUGGCCAUGCUAAAUUGCCCAUAAUGUGCAGGCUAGGUGGAUUAGCCACACAAAAUGCAGGGUUACCGGGAUGGGUCUGGGUGGGCUGCGGUUCUGAUAUUCUGAUGAUGAGGACUCGAUGGGUCGAUGGCCUGCUUUCACAUUGUAGGGAUUCUAUGUUUGUAUCCUGUGUGAUUCCAUGAUAUUAAAAUGAGAUUAUGUUGUAAUAUGGUCUCCCAUAUCCCAGGACAUCCCAGCUUCCAACACCAAUGAUGAGAGGUAUCGGUAACUCAAUAUUUAAAAAUUCAUUCAUGGUAUGUGUCACUGGCUAGGCCAGCAUUUAUUGCCUAUCUCUAAUUGCCCAGAGGGCAGUUAAGAGUCAACCACAUUGCUGUGGGUCUGGAGUCACAUGUAGGCCAGACCAGGUAUGGAUGGCAGUUUCCUUCCCUAAAGGACAUCAGUGAACAAGAUGGGUUUUCCUGACAAUCGACAGGUCAUCAUUAGAGAUAAUGGGAACUGCAGAUGCUGGAGAAACCAAGAUAACAAAGUGUGGAGCUGGAUGAACACAGCAGGCCAAGCAGCAUCUUAGGAGCACAAAAGCU